AUGAGCAAGGCAAAGACGAUUGAAAAUAAGGAAAUUGUGCAAGCGAUUGUGAUAGCCGACUCGUACAAUGGCAAUUUUGAACCGUUUACGAGCACAAAACCAUUGGCAUUGCUUCCGAUUGCUAACGUGCCACUGGUCGAGUACACGCUCGAAACGCUCAAUCGGAAUGGUGUCGAGGAGGUGAUAGUGUUCUGCAGCAGUCAUAUCGAUCAGGUGAAGCGCUAUAUACACCAGCGCCAGACAGAUCGAUGCACCUGGUCGAUCAAUAUGAAGGUUUCGAUCAUUAGCUCGGAAUCCUGUCGCAGUAUCGGCGAGGCAAUGCGUGAUCUGGACGCCCGGAAUACGAUCCGUGGCAAUGUGCUGUUGAUCGGGGUGGACAGUUUAACGAACGCGAAUCUGGCCGCACUGCUCGACGAGCACAAGCGGGUGUCGAAGCUGGAUCGAGGCGCAGUCAUGACUGUGGUGUACAAGGAAGGUCUGCGAAGGAUGCGCACCGGCAAUGAGGUUGUGAUAGCGAUGGAACCGACGACACGUCGACUGCUGUACCACCAGCGUUUGGCACAGCAAGAACGGGAGCGUACGUUCGAGAUGCCGCUGGAAUUGUUUCUCACCAAUCGGGACGUGGCCGUGUGUCACGGGUUGCUCGAUCCACAGAUUGCGGUCUGUAGCCAUGCUGCGCUGCCACUGUUUGCGGACAACUUUGACUUCCUUACGCGGGACGAUUUCGUGCGGGGUGUGCUAAUAAAUGAGGAAAUUCUCAACAGUCGUAUCUACGUGGCCAAGCUGCCGAGGGAAGAGUACGCAAUGCGUGUCAACAACUGGCAGAGCUUCCAUUUGGUUAGCUUGGAUGUGAUUAACCGGUGGCUGUACCCGCUGGUGCCGGACACUGCGAUCAGUGAGUUCCGGCAGCAGUAUAAGCACUUUCGGAACAAUAUCUACCGCCAUCGGAACGUGCGUCUCAGCAGGUCUUGUGAGCUGGACGGAGAUCUGGUGGUGGGCGAGGAUAGUGAAAUCUGUGAGGGCACAUACCUGCGGCAGUCGGUUGUUGGGCGCGGUUGUCGAAUCGGACGCAACUGUCGAAUCGUGAACAGUUUCUUGAUGGAGGAUGUAGUUGUUGGAAAUGGUACCGUCCUGAGUCACUGCAUACUGGAGCGGGGCGUAACUGUGGGUGAGGAGUGUACCAUAAAUCCGGGUACGGUACUCGGGGAAGGCGUUGAGAUUCCGGACCGAUUGGUUGUAAGUGGACUGUUGCUGCAAGCGAGUAAACCACCCGACGAUGAGUGGGCAACCCCGGUACAGAAGAUAGCCGACCGGGCAUACACCAUACCGGUGGUGGAAGAGGAUGAAAGCGAUACGGACGAGGAGGACGAAAAGAUGGGCCUGCUGGCACUAAAUCAACCGAUCGUGAUCGCACCGCUCCCGGAGCGAUAUCCACCCUCCGUGUAUGAACCGUCCGACGAUGAGUGCGAGAGUGGACCGGCGUCACCGAUACCGGAGGAUGCUAACAUCUUCCUGUCCGAGGUGGUCGAAUCGCUCAAACGUGGCCUGGCCGAACGUACCAACGCCGAAUAUUUGAUACUGGAAAUCAACUCCUCCCGGUACGCCUACAACAUGGCACUGUGUGAGGUAAACUACUACGUGGUAAAGGCGAUACUGCAGAUCAUGCUGCAGCAGGACGGCGUCGCGACCAAUACCGUCAGCACGUUGCGCCGUCUGCUCGACUAUUUCGGAGUCGUCUUUCGGAACUACAUCCGCGAUCGGGAUGCGAUGAUGGAUUGCCUGAAAGCGUUCGAGGAGAUGUGCCCCGCUAGCGAAACUCUGCGCACGAAAAUUGCCCAGCUGGUGCACUAUCUGUACGAGCAGGAUCUGAUCGGUGAGGAGGUCAUCAUCGAGUGGUACGACGGGAUGGAAGAUGAAGCGGUUAAGACGACAUUAUCGAAGUUGGUAGAAUGGUUGCAGGAAUCGAGCGAGGAGGAGGACGAGGAUGAGGAGGAUUAA